AUGAGUGAUAGGAAAAGCAAUAACAUUUAUAUUGAUACCGAACUAUUAAUAGCUGCAAUACAAGAAGAAAAAUAUAUUUGGGAUUUCUCUUGCGAGGAUUAUAAAAACCGUGAUAAGAAAUAUGCUGCUUCCAUAUCAUAUCCAUAUCACAAACAACAAUUCACCCUACCUUCACUGUGUGAUGGUUCAGUGUUCCGACCAUGUGAACUUCCCGCGCGUGCAGUGAACAGUUUCGUGGAUAGUUUGCUCACAACGGCAACAUUGUAG